GUGCAGUUAUUGGACGGGACUCUGUGUGCCGCUGUCGGCCAAUGAUGGAGCGGGGGGGAACUGGCGGCCCGGCCCCGCUCGGAGCAGGGAUGAGGCGCAGACGGUCUCAGAGAGACUGGGAGUGAGUCACCGCCGAGCCCGCCGAGCAAUGCCCGGCUCCCCGCCGCCGCCGCCGCUUCCCGGGGCCGCUGGGCAGCGGCAUGAGGGGGCGAGCUGAGAGUUUCUAGCCGGGGCGGGGGGGCGAAGCGGAGAGCGCGGCCGUCCUGUGCGAUGAACGGCGCUGCUGUAAGGAGCCGCGGCGUGACGACGGGGCAGGUACUGAGCCUCUUGCUUUUGUUCGGCGUUUCCGACUGGGUUUCCGCCGCGAUUCGCUAUGCGAUCCCCGAGGAGGCGCGGAGAGGCUCCGCGGUGGGGAAUGUGGUAGCCGACCUGGCGCUGGACCUCGGGCAGCUGCCGGGACGCCGGUUGCGGGUGGUGUCCGGCGGCAAUAAGAAGUACUUCGGGGUGGAUCUGACGAGCGGGGCGCUGCUGGUGAACGAGAGGAUAGACCGGGAGGAGCUUUGUGGCGCGCUCUCCCCCUGCUCCCUCAGCUUUGAGAUCGUGGUGGAAAACCCGCUCGAGCUGUACAGCGGCACCGUAGAGAUCCAGGACAUCAAUGACAACGACCCGGUUUUUCCCAGCAGCCAGGCGAGGCUGGAAAUCAGUGAGUCAGUGGCUGCCGGAGCGCGCUUCCCGCUAGAGAGCGCGCAAGAUCCCGAUGUGGGAAUUAACUCUUUGCAGACCUACCAGCUCAGCGCCAACCCGAACUUUGCGCUCGACGUGCAGACCAGGGUUGAUGGCAGCAAGUACGCGGAACUGGUGUUAGAGAAGGAGCUGGACAGGGAGGAGCAAAGGGAGCUGAAUUUGGUCUUGACUGCGCUGGAUGGAGGCAGCCCGCCACGGUCGGCCCACGUGCAGAUCCACAUUGAUGUUGUAGAUGCCAACGAUAAUGCCCCGGUCUUCAACCAGUCUACCUAUAAGGCAAGUGUGAGGGAGAACACGCCCAGCGGUACCCUGGUCGCCAGGAUCAGUGCAUACGAUCUGGAUGAUGGGGCCAAUGGAGACAUUGUCUACUCCUUCAGCAGCCACACCCCCGCCAAGGUACGAGAACUCUUUGCUCUGGACUCAGCCACAGGGGAGUUGAGGGUCAAGGGACAGCUGGACUACGAGGAAACAAAGUUGUACGAGAUUUACUUACAGGCUAAAGACAAGGGGGCUGUUCCUGGUGUGGCUCAUUGCAAAGUGCUGGUGGAAGUCGUGGAUGUGAAUGACAAUGCUCCAGAGGUGACAGUGACUUCUGUGUACAGCCCUGUGCCUGAAGAUGCAGCCCCAGGGACGGUUGUAGCUCUGCUGAGUGUAACAGACUUGGACUCCCAUGACAACGGCCUGGUGAACUGCUUUAUUUCCCCUGGGAUCCCGUUCAUGCUCAGCUCCUCCCUCAAAAAUUACUACACUCUGAAAACAGAAGGAGCUCUGGACCGGGAAAAGGCAGCAGAGUAUAACAUCACUAUCACAGCCAAGGACUCGGGCUCACCACCCUUGUCUGCAGUAAAACACAUCCUGGUGCAGGUGUCAGAUGUCAAUGACAACGCGCCCAAGCCGUCCCAAGACUCCUAUGACGUCUAUGUUCUGGAGAACAACGUGCCCGGCAUCCCCAUCCUUAACGUGAGCGCCACAGAUCCGGACCUCGGGCGCAACGCCCACCUCUCCUAUACCCUUUUACAGGGUGACAUCGCUUUUGGCCAUCUCUUCUCCAUCAACCGGGAGAAUGGCACCAUCUACCUGCUCACCUCCCUGGACCAUGAGGACCAGGUGGAGUUCAGCAUGAUGGUGCAGGUCCAGGACGGUGGCUUUCUGCCUCUGGCCACUAAUGUGUCGGUCAGUGUGUUUGUCACUGACCUCAAUGACAAUGCCCCAAUGGUGCUGUACCCUCACCCCAACAGCACCACCACCUACACUGAUGUGGUGGCACCAGGCACUCCUGCCGGGCACAUGGUCACCAAGGUGGUGGCGGUGGAUGCGGAUGCAGGGUACAAUGCCUGGAUCUCCUAUACCCUGUUACAGGCCACUGACCCCAGCCUCUUCUCGGUGGGGCUGCACAACGGGGAGAUCUUCACAGCCCGCCAGCUCCGCGAGGAUGAUGCUCCCGAGCACACCUUAGUCAUCCUGCUGAAAGACCAUGGGGAGCCUGUGCUGUCCACCAGUGCCACCAUCUCCAUCUCUGUGGCUGAGAUGGUCAAGGAGGUGCUCACUGACCUCACUGAUGUGGCCCCUGACAGUGAUCCCAGGAGACAUGUGACUUUCUAUCUCAUCCUGGCUGUGAUUUUGGUGUCAGCAGCCUUCUUCAUCACCAUGUUGUCCGUGGGCAUCUUCAAGUGCUACAAGUGGAGGCAGUCGAAGGAGCUGUACAACAGCUCCAGGAAUACCAUGUACAGGACACCAGGGCCCUUCCACCACAUCGAUGCCGUGCGGGGUGGCUUCACGCCACCCAGCUUCUACCACCAGGUCUAUCUCACCACAGACUCUCGCCAGAGUGAUCUCCUGUGUAAAAAACCCUUCACUUCCAGCCCCUUGGGGAGCUGCCAGGGCACCAUAAGGAAUGGUGAGCCAGGGCUGUACCACCAGAUUGUGGGCACCACCAGCCGGCUCCCCACACCUGCCGAGCAAGCUCAGCCUAACACAGAUUGGCGCUUCUCUCAGACCCAGAGACCUGGAACAAGUGGCUCCCAGAAUGGAGAGGAAGCUGGAGCCUGGCCCAACAACCAGUUUGACACGGAGAUGCUCCAAGCCAUGAUCCUGGCUUCAGCCAAUGAAGCUGCUGACGGUAACUCCACCCUGGGAGGCGGCAAUGGCACGAUGGGGCUGAGCGCUCGCUAUGGCCCCCAGUUCACCCUGCAGCACGUCCCCGAUUACCGGCAGAACGUCUACAUCCCGGGCAGCAACGCCACCCUCACCAACGCCGCCGGCAAGCGCGACGCCAAGAACGCUGCUCCCGCCGGAGGCAACAAGAAAAAAUCCGGGAAGAAGGAGAAGAAGUAGUGAAGAAGAAAAAAGGAGACCUUAGAGCUACAGGGCAGCCGGCUCCAGCACUCCCCCAAAACCACAGCCCAGGCCGGAGGACGAAUGUGAAAUUUUUUUGUGGUGCAAAAGUAGGAAAUGCUGCGAAUGUAUCUCAUCAUCAGAGCCGAGAGCAGGGGCUCGCUGCUCUCGGGUCUCAUGAUGAAAACCGAUCCAGAAUCUAAACCGAACGCAAACAAGUGCCCUGUGAAUAACAUUUUAUACAAUCCCUCGGGUAUUAGGAUAUGCAAGGGAGGAAGGUCUUUUGCCAUGUCUUUGGAUCCGAUUUUCUCCCAGGUAGUCCGAGAAAGGCACAAGGCUUGUGCUCAGCUUUGCCCAGUGUAAAUAAUUUUAAUGUGGAUCUUUUAAUUUAUAGCCCUUCAGCUAUUUUUUGGAAAGGAAAAGGAAGUUCUUAGCUCAGAGCCCACGCUCCAGUUCUUUGCUCUUAAAUUUUCCAUUCGUAAAAUUCACCCCCAGUCAAAGAUAGCGAUGGAUUUUGGAAUUUGGAAGUUGGUAGGGAGUGCUUCAGUUCCUGCUUACCUGUCAUCUGGGGAAAAAAAAAAAGUGUUUAUAUUGCAUGAUUCAAAGGGAAUAUGGCAAAGCUGCAUCCUAAACAUUUUUUUUUGUUUUGUUUUUCUUUUUGUUUUUUUAAAAGUGUAACCACUAAUGGCCUGAAAUUUGAUAAGGAAAAAGCCCUCCUGCUGUGUGAGAGGCAGGGAAUUCCACGAGGAGCAUGCCGAGGCGUGCGGCAGCUGCCCCGGCGGUUCUAGGGGUCUCCGAAGAGCAGACACAUCUCAAACCUUCUUUGCAGUAAAUAUUUAUAUGUACAGUCGAUGUUCUUAUGGAAUUAAGGCUAAGAGAGCCUCGCUCCCCCGUGGCCAGGCCUGGCCAGGUCCCUCCCAGCUCAGGGGGACACGGGGACGACGUUUCACUGUCUGCACACGGUGUCUGCAUGCACGUCCCUCACCUCACACCUGCACUAGCGCAGUAGCUCCACGGACCCGCAGAAGUCCUCGCAUGCCCACGUGGUGUGAACGCGCCGGCAGCCCGAGCCUCGCGCCGGGCCUGCCCUGGGGAAGGGGUGGGAGGGGGUGGGAUGGCUCAGGCGGGGUGGGGGAAACUCAUUAUUGCUUCUAGUUGGGGUCCCAAAGGUGGUUUGGGGUGGUCGGGGGGUUCUACGAGGCGGUUCUUGGGGAUCCGCGGUGCUGCCGGUGCAUGGCUUUGGCGCAGAGUUGGUGACUGAGUAAGUGAUGGUUGUUUUGGUGGCGUUUGGGGACCAGGUCCAGACGAGGGACCCAAGAGCAGGGGGUGAUGCUGCAAAAUGGGGGGCAAUAAUUGGGGGACUGUCACGUGGGACCACGCGGGGCCAGCCCAGAGGAGGCGACGCUCCCGCUGGCUCUGGGCUUUGUACCCUGAGAGGAGAAUUGAAGGAUGAGGAAAAGAGUUUCUCCAUGUGCCCAUCAACAAAACACCAGGCCAGCUUCCCAUAGCAGAGCAGCUCUGAGCCCCCGGGGAAGGGAGGUGCGGGCUUUGUGUAGCCAGAGCCAGGAGAGGAGCUGUGGGGUGGCCAGGAAAGGGCCACACCAAGUUUCCCAGGGGAGUGUGUAUCUUGUUUUUUUCCUUUUUUAAUCACUAACACUUAACUCACCCGACCAGAUCCAGCUCUUUCAGCCAGGCUCUCCCCAGCCCUGCCCCCUCCCCAAACCCAGGGCAGCAGGAGCAUCCUCCGUGUUUCAUCCAGAUCCAGCCACCUCCGGCGCUGGCUGCACUGGGAGCGGUUCCCACCCUGUCCCCUGCAGCUGCCACCUGCCCCCCCUCUAGAAACGCUGUAGCUGAAUCGUAGUCUUUAUAUUUUCUUUUUAAUCUGCAAUCUGAGGUAGCCUAGUGAGUGUCGUGUAUUUAGUGGCGUGUUAUUUUUAAUCGCGGUGACUAACUUGUGGACAUCAGUAUUUUCAAUUUUCUCCGUAUCUUCUUUCCAUGUGGUCUGUGCUCCGAGUGUACGUGAAAUGAAACACGUUUGCCCUUUCAAUGUGUCUAAUAUUGAAUUAUACUUAUAUAUUAUAUAUAUGCUUAUAUCCUUCUUAUACCCAUAUAGACCAAUGUCGAUGUGUUACACGCAAGUUUUAUACUCUAAUAUUUAUAUUGCUUUUUUUCUUUGGGAAAAAAAAAAUAAUAAAAUGGUUUCUUCUGAA